AUGGACUCCAACGCUGCCACUGUUGAAGGCACUGGCCAUAACGUCAGAGAAAAUGACUGGUUGCUGAACAGUCUACCAAAAAUGAGACUCGUGUAUUAUGAGCAUUUCAAGCCUUUUCAUGACAAGCUGUCUUCGGUACUUCAGCGCUCGCGGUCACAUUUCACGGCACUGGCCGAGCGAGAGAGCUUUGCUGCAUUUCUGAGUGUUCCCCUUAUAAGCGACGUCCCAGUGAAGAAAAUCGAAGGGAUGUUUGAGACACCAAAACCGCGUGUGCUUCUGCUACAGAACGACGAAGCCAGUGCCAAUAUCAAUUGGUUGGACGUUGUCAAGGAAAAGAAUUAUCAGGCCGAAUAUAAAGGGAAUGGAAAUUACCAUUUCCAUAUGCUGGACUGGGGCGUGAUUGUCCAGUUGUCUGCUUUCCAACACAACAUGAUCCUUUCAGGAUUACCCCGGAAGCUUGUCCAACCUUGGUCCUACGAAAAGGACGUGCAGACAGAACUAAGCACCUUGGCGCUGGCAGCCGAAAUGACAUCACUCGAGAACCAUCUAGCGUCGGAAGUGAUCAAAGUCAAUAACACUGUGCUUGAAGAGAUACUGAGAAGACAUCGAGAUCUCCGCCGCCGCCCGGAGCCAAACCAGAGAUCGGCGGGCUCUCCCUUUCCCCUGGAAUCAGCCGAAGAGCCAGCACACUUGACGCCAACGCAGGUUGAAGCGAGUUCACUCGAUGAGAAUGCUAUCGAGACUCAAGGAACUGACUUGCAAGCCAGUGGUUCAAUACAGGGUGCUGGAACACGGAACUUCGCUAAAAACAGGGCUUGGCCUCCAGAAGUAUUGAAGCGGCUUCCUAUAUGGUUCGAAGACCAACAAAAACGGACUUUCCAUGCUAUUGAGGCAAGAGUGUAUUUCUUAACAGGGAAGAGUCCUUUCCGGAAGCGCAAUAAGAGGACUUCGCGCAAAGAACCUGUAUCUUUGACACCUCGCUCCUCCUCACCGCUUUCUCAACCCUUUGAAGUGGACUUGACCCAACAAUUGAUCUCGAGGUCGAACAUCGAGGUUCACGCGUUACGUCUAGCCCCAAACCUGCUACCCUACCUGAAUUCUGACGACUGCGAGGAUGGAAGCCUUUACGCCCUUUAUGAUGUUCAACCGGUUGACCCUGAAUCAGAAUCCAGCGGCCCCCAUGCAGUACCUGAAGAGGAUGCUGCAAAUCAAACGUCAAGCUGCCGGUACUCAUCUCAAGGGCAUGAAGUUCCGUCGGGUACAAGUCAAAAUGAAUAG